GCAGCAAACGCGAAACAGUGAUCGUCGUCAGCGCGCCGACAUCCACGACACCCGAUUCGCACAUCGCACAUCGCACACACACACAUUCACCCAUUACCAGGGCAACCGCGGGACGCCUCUCUGUCACACGGCGACGCACAGUUUGCGGACGAACGCGUUUGCGAUUGCACACCGAAAGAAGAAAACACAUCGAGAGCAGGAUCGACAGGACGGCAGGACUGACUACUUGCGUGUCGGUCGGUCUGGUACUUUGGUACUAACAGUAAAAAAAUAGUCAAAAAAAAAAAUUAUAUAUUUUUUUUUUUGAUCGUCCGCUGGGGUUUCGGUGUGUUUGUGAUCCGGUGCUCAUUUUGGGAUACGACGCCGGCCCGGUACAGCGAUUCUACCUGUUGAGGGGAUAAAUGUCACAUAUUUAAGAUCGACUUAUUGAGGAUUGAGUAAAAGAGCUUGAAAGCAAAUAUGGCAAAGAAGUCGUUCCUUCGCGAGAACCUACUGACCAUCCUGACCGUCGUCGGUGUCGUCGGCGGAACCGCCCUUGGAAUCCUGCUCCGCAGCACUACCGGCGGACAAUGGUCGAAAAGGGAGACCAUGUACCUCGCCUUUCCUGGCGAGAUAUUCCUUCGGAUGCUGAAAGCCCUUAUCAUUCCACUGCUGGUAUCCUCGGUGGUAUCGGCCAUAGGCAGUUUGGACUUGAGUUUAUCGAAAAAGAUCGCGUUCAGAUCGAUAGUGUACUAUUCGGCCACGACAAUAUGUGCGGUAAUACUCGGUAUUAUUUUAGUGCUAACUAUAAGACCGGGUGUGGGUGGCACGGCGUACGAGGGCUCUAAAAAGAGUCCCGUUACAAGGCACGUGCUUACGCAGGAUACACUUUUGGAUUUGAUCAGAAACCUGUUUCCACCAAAUCUCGUCCAAGCUUGCAUUGCUCAGGCCCAAACUACUUUAAAAGAACCUCCUAAAAAUGACUCAAAUUAUGCUCACACUGAAAAGUGGGACUUCGAAGAGAAAUACGAGAAUACAACUAACGUGCUGGGUCUCGUGGUGUUCGCCAUCGCCUUGGGUAUUAGUUUGGGUAAAUUGGGCGAAAGGGGCAAAAUCUUGCUGGAGUUCUUUGACAGUCUAAGCGAGGCUAUGAUGAUUCUCACGAGCUGGGUAAUCUGGAUCUCACCUAUUGGCGUGUUCUUCUUGGUUGCGGCCAAAGUAUUGGAAAUCGAGAGUUUUACCGAACUCGUCGGUAGAUUGGGCUUGUACUUCGCCACCGUCCUAUUAGGUUUGUUCCUUCAUGGCUUUGGAACCUUGUCCAUUUUGUACUUCAUCGGGGUCAGGAGGUUGCCAUUCAAACUGAUUGGCAAACUCAGCCAGGUUUUGGUCACCGCUUUUGGAACGUCUUCAAGUUCUGCUACAAUGCCCAUCACCAUUCAGACUUUGGAUCAGAUGGGUUUGGAUCCCAGAGUGACUAGGUUUGUCAUUCCUGUCGGAGCGACGAUCAAUAUGGACGGUACUGCUCUAUAUGAAGCUGUCGCUGCCAUCUUUAUUGCCCAAUUGAGAAACAUUGAACUGUCCUUUGGAAGAACUGUUGCUGUGUGUGUCACGGCGACAGCAGCCAGCAUAGGAGCAGCUGGAAUUCCACAAGCAGGCUUGGUCACCAUGGUGAUGGUACUCGAUACUGUAGGUCUUCCCGCAGAGGAAGUGAUCAACAUUAUCGCCGUAGAUUGGCUCUUGGAUCGAUUCAGGACAACAAUCAACGUAAUGUGCGACUGCUUGGGCGCCAGAUUAGUUGACAUUCUCAGUGUUGGAGAGUUGGGUCAUCUCGCCGAACAGGACAGAUUAAACGCCGAUCCACAGGAGCUUGUGGAAAUCUCCAAGGCUGCUGAUAGUCGCAUAUAAAUAGAUAAUUUAGAGAAAAAAAAACCGCAGCCGUUUACUUUACACAAAAGACUAACUGCUUAAAUCUUGUUAAAUUCUUAUGUACCAAGUUUCUACGAAGGCUUCGUACAUUCGAAUUUAAUUUUUUUUUGUUUUUGUUUAAACGUAUUUUGAGACCAAUUAACAAAAUACAUGGGAAUUGCACGAAUUGGUCGUUAGCUGUUAGAGAGUGAGUGUAGUUGGUACAGCAUUGUCAUUUCACGGGAUACUUAAACUAGAGAUAAGGUAACACUUUUAAAGUUUCAGUUUUCAACUGGCGCAUGCACUGAAAAUUGAAACUUUUUAGAUGAUUUCCAUCUCUACAUAUACACAGUAUUAAAUUAAGAACAAGCCGUUAACAAUGACAUAAUUAUAUAAACGUAUAUCUAUCAAUCUGUUAAAAUAUAUUAUCUGUGAACAUUAAAAAAUAUUUACAAAAAAAAUCUAAUAAAUCAUUAUUGUUGUUCACAGACCCCUUCAUGUUGCAUUAAAUGUGAUUUUAGAAAAAGCCACGAAGAUAUUCAGAUAUGUAUCGAUGUAAUGUGUGACAAUAAAGCUAAUUUGUACAGUUACUUUUAAAAUAUCUACUUUCUUAAAUUUUUUCAUAUAGUUUAUAUAUUUCAAUUUUAUCAAAAAUACAUUUAAAGUGUGUUACCUAAGAGUUGUAUGAUAAAUCUAUAUGUUCAGUGUACAUAUCAUAUGCAUUUAGCGUGUUAAUUGAUGAUAAUAUAACUGUUUGGUGGAGGUAUAUUUUUAAAAUAUCUAUGAAUUUUUGCUACAUCUGAAUUUCUUUGUUUCCAUUCGAAGAUGGAAUACGUAUUGUAAACAUACGCCUUCAACUUAUUUAGAAACUAUAACUGUUGUGCAACUUGUUAAUGAUCUGUUAAUACUCAUUUACAGCUGCAAUUACAAUUUGCAGUUGUAAAUAAUUUCCAAAUAUUAUAAAUGUUCAUUGUUUUAAUUGUAAUAUAUGUUAUCUUCUCUAACUAGUUAAAAAUGUAGUUUAUCACGUAAUGUUUAUAUUAUGUAUAUUUUUAUGAAUUUUCUCAUAAGUUGUUAAAUGAUUGAAUUUAGGGACCAAUUGAUUUUUUAUGUACAAUGUACGCCAGGCUAAGUAACACGAGUUACAGUCAGUCGUCAUUAGGAAAAAUACAUUGUUUAAUUCAUUUUUUUUAAUAUUAUUUACUAAAGAUUCGUCUUUAAAUCAUUACUGCCGUUUUAUUAUAUUUAAUUUUAGUUAAAAUGUGCCAUAAGUUUAAGUUACAGCACAGUCAGAGGUUAUCGCACGAAUUAUUUGUGUUUUUUGAGGGUACUCUGCUUUAAGUUUAUUUUAUAAGUUUGUUUUUAUAUUAUAUGUAUAGAAAUAAAUUGUAGAUUCUCAAAUGUCCACUUUUAUUUUAAUUAUUAUAAAAUAUAAUGCACAUGUCUUCACCAAAUUAAUGCAUGGGAAAAGUGUAGAAUCUAAAUUAGAUAUUUGCCCAUAAAUUACUUUUAUUAGAAUUGUUGUAAGGGUGUGUCACAAUAAAGAAUGAAAGAAUAACUAGUCCAA